GUUGCCUUAGUUUUUGCAAGAAAAAGAUUUAGCAUUAUAAACAAAUAUGAAGUUGCUUCUCAUUAUCUUUAUGUUUAAUACGUUGGUCCCCCAAAUGUUUAGCCAAGCAAAUUAUGCUAAAAUGCAAUAUGUCCUGCAGUGGAACCCCUCCUUUUGUGAGUCAACACAAUAUACAUGCAAAAGUCCUAUUCCACAAAAUUUUACAAUCCACGGCCUAUGGCCGGCGACUGCAACUGGUAGUGGUUUGUUGGUGCCACAACCACAAUAUCCCAACGACUGGCAGAUUGUCAAACAGGAUAUGGCUCUAGUGACCCAGGACCAAAACUUAGUAAACAAUCUCCGUCAUGUUUGGCCUACUGUAGUACGCUCGAAUACAGACGAGGGUUUUUGGAAAUAUGAGUGGGAAACACAUGGUUUUGGUAUGAGGACGCAGAUUGAUGUUAGAACCUACUUUGAAGCUGCAACAAGAAUACAUGCUAUCAAGAUUGCAAUUAACGGAAAGACUAAUCUGAAAGACUACUUCUCUAAUGCAGGAAUUCAGCCUGGACAAUUUGUUACACGUUCGGAUAUUGGUAAUGCUCUGGCCCCAAUAGUUAGGGGCAUCAAUAUCAAAUGUUAUGAUAAUGGAACUUAUAUUUUUGUGAAGGAAGUUAUCCUUUGCUUGGAUUCGCCACUGCAAAACUUUGUCUCAUGUGACCCAUCGAGGGUGAAUGUGGGAGGAGGGGUAAAACUACUAGGAAUCUGUAAUUAUCAGAAGUUGUUAUACUUUCCAGCUUAGUUAUAUCAUUAUAUCGAAAUUGGAAUUUCGACUAA